AAAAUAGGGGUUAAUAAGAAAUAGUUAUUUAAAUUGUUCGUCCUUUUUGUUUUAAGAAAGAAAACGCAAAACCACUGAAAAAAUGGCGACAGCGACGGGAAAUGCGAGGGGAAUCGGCGGCGGUGAUCGCACGGCAAAAUUGGUCGUUGCCGAUCAGAUAUCUCAGGCCGUGAAUUCCACUGCCAACCUUCUUCAUCUGAUGCGUCAGUCGUCUCCGUCUCAGGCAAAGUUGGUAAAGCUCCCGAAAAAUCUUUUGGCGAAAUCCUCAAUGACAAAAGCAACUGGACAAGUGCUUGAACAGCUGCCUCAGGUGAUUUCAUCCCUGGAUGGCCAUAUAGAAAGCGGACUGCACAGUGUUGUUCAUCUAAAUACCAUAACACAGUUGCUCGAAAACAUGGAAAGCCCCCAGCUUCGCGCUAUUCGACAAUCUUAUCUAUCCCCUUUGUCAAGCAAAUCUCCUGAGGCCAACAACUGAAAGAUGGGUGUUUCUUCUUGAACCAGGUACUUAUGUCCAAACCCCGAAAAAGUGGAAAAAACCCGUCCAUAGAAUCAAAUUCCCUUCUUCCGGCCCUAAGAUAGACAAUAACGCCCUUUUUUCACUUCAGAUUCCUUGCUUUUGAGUCUUUCUUCGCUGAAUGAAUCGAAUUUGAUUCCACAUUGAGCGUUUACUCCACGUCGUGCUGUUGCGGACAAUUGGUUCUUCAUGUCGUAGUUUUGCUAGUGUUUCUUAUUCUAUCCAAUGACUAAGACAUUAGUACCAUGCAUAUAUUGGGAAAAAAUUGUAUAUAUAUAUAUAGAUAUAUGUAUUACUUGCAUAUGAGAGAUUCAAAUCUACAUUAAUUGGCCCAUCCAAUACAGAUUCCCGAUAGAGAGAAUCUAAAACUGUGACUAAAUCUUUACCAUUUUAUCUUUGCAAUUUAGGUAAUACAUAAUCUCACACCCCCAAGAGAUAAGGGUGAAUAUAGAAAUUUAAAGGCUUUAAAUCUUUUAUUUUAUUUUAUUUUAUUUUUUACCUUAAAAAUCAGGAGAUUCUGUGUUGUUCUUACACACGUGACAACAGGCAUGCCAAUUGUCACACAUACGAGGUUGCAAUGAAAUCUACACUUGUCCGA